AGUUUCUGGGAAGUUUGUAAUAUCAUUAUCGCCCCCGAAGAUUUUGCUAGUUACCGUGCAUUUUUCAUCCCACCGUUAUGUCCGUAUGUAUAACAUUCGUAAAACGUUCUCAUGUUGUAAAUGUAUUAAUACCGGAAUAUCAACCUAUCCCCGAGGCCAGGUCUAGACAUGCCUGUUUGACCUCACAAGGGUGUCAAAUUGAGGGAAUCCGAAUUUCACGAGAAGUGGAAAGUGAAAUCUAUGGGACUCCACAUUAUACUCAAGAUCACAUGCACCUCAACUGAUAUUUCGCUGACUGUUCAGACCUUUAGCACCAAUGUUCACGCCAAGACUCGACUCUAAUCAACUCCCACUCGUACUCCUGUCAUGACUCUGUCCGAAUAUCUAUCACAUUCAUGCAAAAAACCAAUUCUUUACGGCAAUCGGACGGCCCUCCAUGCACUAGUGGGUUGUGAACUCCGCCUAAAGCGACCUGCUCUCAAAAUUCUCAUACACUCUCGACCAGGUAAAUGAUCAGCAUCGGGAAUGUAGCCGGUUCCUGGGAUCCUGCCCCAGCACUAGGAGAUGCAGUGCUCCUGAUUCCAAAGAGUUGAUUGAAGCUGCGUUCGUGCAUGGAGAAGUACAGCAGAUUUUACUCAUUCUUUCACAUGGUCCACCAGGCAACGCAUAUUGACAGGGAGACAGUGCUGAUCUUUCCAUCGAGGCUAGGACUUUGGCUAUCUGGAAGGCCUCUGUUAUGUCGAGAGGUUUCUGCUGAUCCACAUGGCACGUGCUUGACGAGUUCCCCCCGUCGGUCCCAACAAGCUCACAGCACCUGCAAGCACUCAUGGCAUACCUGUCCUUCGAGAGCGGACUUACCUCACGUAAGUGCUGAGUGCUGCAGGGCUGGAAAGGCAGGUCCGCAGGGGAAUCGCUUGCUCUGCAGGACUUUGGCUUUAAGUUCAUCGAUCACUCUAUUCUAGACUUGCCUAGAUCCAGACAGUCCUUUCGAUUCUGGGCUCCACGCUUUGAGAGAGAUUAUUGAAAGAGAUUCAAAAUGACUUCCAAGAGCCAUCGAAUUGCGCGCAAGCUUUCAGUUUGAACGAGUAUCUACAACAACAAAGGUCGCAAGCAUUCAUCACAGGCAACGUCUUCAGCAAUGGUACCAUCAGGAUGACCAACAACUUCAUCCCUUGCAGUAUUCCUGAGGAUUAGAAUCUUCCACUGUCCAAUUCCAGAUAUAUUUUCGCGUUUACUGAUUGCCGGGCGGAGGCAUGAACUUGAUAACUUGUUCGAGCUACUGGAAGCAACUGUGUUUAUCCUCGAAGAAGAGAAAUUCCCGACAGGAAGUAUUCACCACAUGCGGAUCUGCAACGAAGCAUUGUUCAUCCCUUUCUCUUCUGCCCUCAUUCUUCCAUCGUUCUAGCUGAUCAAAGCCGAUCAAGAUUCACACCGUAAGUCGCUGAAGCCUAGGUAGAUUUUGGAUCGAAAUCUUCCGCAUUAGUUUCUCUCUCUUUCUUCAUUUGCAGUUGUCUUCGAUUUUCAAUCGCUUUCCCUCUUGAGGGAUCUUCCGGCAUAUUUCCUCUGGACUCGGCAGCCUAGAAUGCAAGCAUCAAACCGUGCGAUUAGAUUAGUGUUGUUGGAACUGAUUUGGUCAUGAUCGCAUAUGCUUUAAGUAGAAAUUAGAAGAACACAGAACGGGUCUUUAAGACAGGUAGAUCUAGUUUAUAGACAGACAUGGUCACACUGGCAGAUUGUGUAUCAUCAAGCUCGAGCUUUCCUUUCCGGAGUAGCCUGGCUAGAUGGAUGGAAUUGUUUACAGCGUCCAUUCAAUAAAAGAUGGUAGGAGUUUUUGAUGCAGUAGGAAGAA